GAGCUCACAAUUUCUCCUGGUGUCUGAUGUGGAGCAUGGAAAAAGACCCUUUGAACGCUCAUCAGGCUUGCUGUGCUUGCAAGAAAAACAAACGCAAGUGCGACAAACGCUUGCCGGCAUGUGGUCUCUGUGCCCGGACUGGGCGUGCUUGUGAGUACGAUGAGACUCCUAGGCCACCUCCCUCGGCGGAUGAGUUCGCAGCUCUGCAAGUCAGAAUUACAGAACUCGAGGCUCGUCUGAAUAUUGCUUGCGGUGGUUCUGCUUCUGUUGCUAGCCCUACCCCAACCUUUAGCAGCCCAAAAACAUGGACUGACACUACACUCUCUUUGACCCAAUUUCCGUUCGCCAUGUUCCUCGAUCUUGACUGCUAUGAGUGGGCCAGGAUGAAGCUACCGAGGCCAACAGCUACGGUUCCAAUGGAUGUUCUUACGAUCCUUAACCAAGCGAACGGGAUCUUAGAGAUUUCUCAGACUUAUUUCAAUACGAUCCAUCGCUGGAUGCCAAUUAUUUCAAAGAAACGAAUAGAUCUUGGCAUCCCGUUUCAAGGCGGCGGACCGGAUCUGGCGAUGUUGUUUCUUGCCAUGAAGCUGGUAACCACAUACCCCGAGUCGACAGAAAGCUUAUACGAGACUACCCGAGCUUUCCUUCGGACCCUUGAAGCGGAUAACGUCAUAUCAAUACGCUGUCUCCAGGCUAUAAUUCUGGUCGCCCUCUAUGAAUACAGUCACGCCCUCUACCCCGCCGCAUGGAUGACAGUUGGGGCCUGCUCUCGGUACGCGGAUAUCAUUGGGCUCUCUCCUUCCGGACGGUGCUUGAGAAUUAUAGAGAGUAAUACGACCUGGACUGAACUAGAAGAGCGACGGCGUACCUGGUGGGCUAUCUUUAUUCUUGACCGAGCAAUUUCACUCGGUAGCAGGCGAAGGUUUUCCUGCCCAGAACCAACUGAAGUCGAUGUCUUGCCAGGGAACGAUGUUGGAUGGAAUUCAGGCGAUGUUUCUGGGGCUUUGAAUUGCGCUGUUUCAACACCCUUCUCUAACCUGCAGUCGCCCUUCGCCCGUCUAUGUCAAUCCGCUAUAUGCAUCGAUCGAGUGAUGAAAUUCCGGCAUACGUGUCAGCAAGUUCCCAAAGAGCAAAGCACUACUAUGGCCAUCGUGCUCACGAAGGAAUUAUGUGCCUUCAGUGAUAUACUCGAGGGAAACUCAUCACGUUCUACAAAUAUAGAAGGAUAUCUAGAUCUUUUUGCCCCUCGCUGUUUGGUCUGGUCUGCCCUAUUCUUGCUCCUCGACAACUACUGUUGUCCGGAAAAAUUAGCCAAUGAGCCUGGUUAUCCACUCUCGGGCAGUGCUAAGACGCCUGAAGAGCAGAUUUUACAAGUGGAUGCAACAAUUAUCGUGCGAAGUAUCAGUAAUGAAGCGCACAAUGCGAUCUUGAAGGUCGUAGAGACAUUGGAUAAUUAUCCGCGCGCUCAAGAUCAGCUGACCGGAAUUUGCCCCUUUGCGCUUGAUGCUCUGUACUGCACGAUGGCGACAUUUCAUUGGGAGCUUCGGGAGUCAGGUGAUGAGACGGCUAGGGUCAGCCUCGAGGACAUUGCGCAGUGCUUGCAAAGGUUAGGUGAAGUAUGGCCGUUAGCUUUGAGAUAUCUUGCACUGGAGGGAGUGUAUUCUGGUGCUGUCGCGGAACGCUGCGGUAAUCCAGAAGGCUUGCCGCCGCCUUCCUAG